CAGUAGGCGGGGUUUGAGUGUGUUCACUGUCUACACUGGCUUCGUUUCCGGGUUUGUCUUUUUGUGCGUUUAAACUUUUUAAGCCUUAAAUCUUUCCAUCUGCUGUCAUGUCGAACAACAACGCCACCAGCAGCAACCUGGCCGCCGCCCACAAGACCGUGAAGCAGCUGCGCCUGGAGGCCAGCGUCCGCCGCAUUCUCGUCUCUCAGGCCUCCAUGGAUCUAAAGAAUUUCUGUAUUCAGAACGCCCAAAAAGACCCCCUGCUGAUGGGUGUCCCGUCCGGCGACAACCCCUUCCGCCCUCCCAAGUCGUGUGGCCUUCUCUGAGGUGGUGGUCAACUGGGAAGACUUCAUGGAGAAACACACACACCAACAUAUCCACUCUGCCUCUUUCUCUCUCUCUCUCUUUACCUUACUACAGUGUCAUGAGAACUCUCCUUGCUGGACGUCCUGCUCCUGCACCGCACACGAUCCACAUGUCGCUCUUUGUAAACCGCAGCAUCGUAGUCGGUCUAACCCAGUGUACUGAAUGGUUCAUUUCCUGCACUCUCAGAGGAUUAGGAUUAGAGAAUUAAUUUUUUUUUUAAUUAAUGAUUAGAAUAUGUACAAUUUUUGUACAAGCAAGUUGAAAUAGAAAAACGGGCGGGUUAAGAAAAAUUUAAAAGGGUAUAAAAUAACGAGACAUAAAAUGGACCAUUCAGGAUACAAUUGCAUUGUUACGUUUUUUUUUGUUUGUUUGUUUGUUUAUUUGUUUCAUUUUGGGAGGGGAAAAGUUCCUGAGUCUGCCUAGGUACUGUCAUUUCAAGACUACAAGUUGCUCUCUACAUAUCGGUAUAUUCAUUGCAUUUAGUUUUUUGUUAUUGGUUGUACUGCUAAGAAUGUGUCACUCUACUGCUGUAAUGUUUGUCCUGAUCCUGUGUCAGGUGGCGCAAAUACAAAACCUUUACAGCAUGUUUCAGAUUGUCCAUUUAAGGCCAUUAGGCCUUAAGGCUAGGAAGAUUUUUUUUUACCUAAGAGAGCAUUCAUUGCUUUGGUAUAACACUAACUGAUGGGGCAGUCUACCGUAAAUACUCUAAACAAAAAAGGAAGCUGAAAUCUAGAACUUUUUUAGGAAAAAAUGUAUCUUCUAAGAAAAGAAAGUAUCUUUCUAGGAAAAUUUCUAACAGUGUUUCGCUACUUACAGAGGGCUACCAGUAAAACCUUGUAACCUUAUGAACCCUUACACAUCUGGAGAACCUGUAAGGAUUUUUUUUUUUUUUUUUUUUGAAAAGCAAAUAGGGAUAUUAUUAUAUUUGUACAAGCAGACAUUUUUUGUUCCUGAUAAUUUUUUAUUAUUAUUAUUGUUUUCUUUUUUCAAACAUUUUUAGAGUCAAUAGCUCCACCUGCUGGUUAAUUUUUAUAUGAUUUUAUUAGUUAUUAGAGGUUUCUAACACUAAGGUGUAGAUUUUUCAAAGUAAUCCUUUACUUAUUUAUUAGCAAUAGAUUUACACUAAAAACCUUUAAAAAGGUUGUGUAUUGUGGGUUUGUUGAUUCGUGAUAUUUUCCACACUGGUUCCGCUCUUCAUUAGACCCAAAUUAUGACUAAACACAUUCAUGGCCAGAAGUACAUAAAAAUUAUAGCUAUGUACACACACUGUCUUCACACACACUCUCUGAUGCUCUUGGUUGUCCUGGCGUUACAGGGACAGCAACACUGCAAAAUCCACUGUGCUUGGAUGUGAUGCCUUGGUUUGGGUGACACAAAACUGUCAGUGUUCGGUAACAUAAAAAAACAAACAGUGAUCCAGUCAUUACUUUUCACCAUUAACUCUGAGAUUAUAAGCUCUUCUUUUUAUUGUUUGUGCAACUGAGACUGUUGACCUUGUGUGCCUUAUAGUGUCUGUGAAAGAUUGUUCAGUAUAGCUACUUUACUUCUAAUCUGUGUGUGAUCCUUAUUUUUCUUUUUCUUUUUUUAAUUGUGUAAUCUGGUUAUAAAUAAAAACAAUAGUUAACUCUA